AUGGCCACAUGGGAAGACUUGGAGAAUGACUCUGAUGAUGAUGAUGAAGAAACCGAGACCAAGUCACAGACAUGUCUCAUGGCAGACCACAUAGAUCAGGCCGAAAACAGUUUUCUAAAAGAAAAAGUGAGAGAGGCCAAAACUGCUUGUGAUCUUGUUGAAGAAAAUAAGCAGUUAAGAGCCCAAGUUAGGAGCUGUGAAAGUAACCAUUGUGUUCUUGCAUAUGUGGACUGUUUUAAGCAAAAUGAAGAGUUUCUUAGAGAGGUUAAAAGACUUAAGGAAGACUUGGCCAAGUUUACACAAAGUUCCGAAACUGAAGGGUUCAUUCAGAAAAAAGAAGUUGGACCAUCAAAUUCACUAGAAGUAGAAGAUAUUGCUGACAUGUAUUUAGAUAAGCUGGUGGAACGGAGCUUGGUGCAAGUGGCAAGUAGGAGGAGUGAUGGGGGUGUGAAGACAUGUCGAGUCCAUGAUCUUCUUCGUGACCUAUGCAUUUCAGAGAGUAGGGAAAAUAAAUUUAUGGAAGUGUGCACAAAUUUGGAUGCUAUUAAGUGUAAUUCUCGUAGGAUGUCUCUCCAGUAUAGAGGAGAACUGAGGCUAACCGAAGAUACCCAAUCAUCUGCACGCUCUCUGCUUCUGUUUGGUGAAAGCACUUUCUGGGAGAAUGAAUCACAAGGGUGGAAACAGAUAAGGAAUGACUUCAAGUUGGCUCGUGUAUUGGACAUGAACCAAGUGUUGCUAUGUUUAUCACCUCGUGGAUUGAAGACAUUGAUCCAUCUAAGGUUUUUGAAAGUCACAGCAUCUUCUACAAGAAUUGGAAAUGAUGUUUUAGCUUCUCUAUGCAACCUUUGGAAUCUAGAAACGCUAUACUUAUGGAUUGAAGAGCCUAUUACUCUACCAAACAAAAUAUGGAAGCUCAAGUCACUCAGGCAUGUGUAUUUAGACAUUGAUGUUUACAGUUUAAAAAAAAUGUGGCAUAUAGGAGCAUCAAUAUCGAAGAUGAAAAUUGGAGAAACAAAGGUGGAGAAUCUUCAAACACUGAAUAACAUCUAUCUUAAUGCAAGAACAGCAAGCGUCCUAAAAAAGGGCAUGUUCCCCAACUUGACAAAAUUAACUUUGCGUAAAGGGCCGCCAGAAAAAGAAUUCUUAGAGAACAGUUUGCGGUGCCUAAACAAACUCCGAACGCUAAAGCUACUUUGCAUCGAGAAGCUUCCAUUAGAUCCGAAUGCGUAUCCUACAAAUCUUACCAAGAUUACCAUAGGAUACUUUCCUCAACUGGAUGCAAGAAUGAUAAAGACCCUGGGACGGCUAUCCAAACUGCAAAUCUUGAAACUCGUUGACGGAGGCAUAUAUGGCGAUGUUAAUUGCGUAGCUGGUGACUUCCCACAGCUUCAAGUACUACAUCUGAGUGAGGUUCAACUGGAUGGUAGAUGGAAGGUAGAGGAAGGAGCAAUGCCUCAGAUUCGAUAUUGCAACGACCCUCUCAUCCUUGACUUAGAGCGAUAA